UAUAUAUAAAAACCAUGCAUUUCCAAAUUGGAGUAAAAAUAACAAAAAAGAAAAACGAAAAAGCUUUGAAGCUUGCUUGAUUGCUUGUCAAUGGCGGAGCUAGAGGACCCAAUUGUCAUGGCGAAGCUGAUCGAUUUCCUCUCUUGUCUCCUCCAACGAGUGGCCGAAUCCAAUGAUCGAAGCCUCUCUGUUCAUCUUCAACCCCACAAAAUCUCAGCCUUCCAUGGCUUAACUCGCCCCACCAUUUCCAUCCAAAGCUACUUAGACAGAAUCUUGAAGUACGCCAAUUGCAGCCCCUGUUGCUUCGUCAUUGCCUACGUUUAUCUCGAUCGCUUCGUUCAAAGACAACCCUCCUUCCCCAUCAAUUCCUUCAAUGUUCAUCGCUUGCUCAUCACCAGCGUUCUUAUUGCUGCUAAAUUUAUGGAUGAUACGUGCUAUAACAAUGCAUAUUAUGCAAAGGUGGGAGGGAUCAGCACAAUAGAAAUGAACUUUCUUGAAGUGGAUUUUCUGUUUGGUUUGGGGUUUCGUUUGAAUGUCACUCCCACCACGUUCCAUUCUUAUUACUCAUAUCUUCAAAGACAAAUGCUUCUGCUGCAGCCUCCUCUGAUGAGCGCUGCUUCUUCAAAAUCAGAGCUGCUUAGUUCAGCAAGAGCUUUGAAAUCCCACUUCUGUUUUGAUGAAGAUGAAGCUUCCCUUACGAAGCAACAACUUGCAGCUGUUUGAACAAAUUCCAACACAAAUUUGGACUCAAACUUUGAAGAAUUCAGCCCAAAUGGAGCAAAACCCAGGUUUCAAAAGCAUGAAUUGGUUCUGUUGUUUGCCUGAUUAGAUAGUAAUAUUCAGCCUCUGACUGGAUGAGCCUGUAAUGUAGGGGUAUCUCUCUCACACACACACACACCAACACAGCUUUGCAAUUUUGGCUAUGGCUGAUUUGGGUCCUCGCCCUUUCAUGAUCGUCAGAUCUUUGUUCUGUUUCUGAUCUGUUUCUGUUCUGUUUGUGAGUUCUUGGGUUUCAAAUCGUGUACAGAUUAGAUUCUUCUGGCGUUUUUAAAGAUUUUGCAGCGUUUUGAUGGAAA